UCCACAGAUGCUUAAACGGCUCUCGCACACUUCAACAAACCACGCUGUUCAAGCUCCAUAAGAUGCUUUCAGUGAAAUUGGACGGGUUUAUUUUUUAUUUGGUCCACUAUUCUAUGUGGGUGUGUUUGAAUGGCCAGCUGUAUUGUCAGGAUUCCUGUAAGAUGUCGAAACUGCUUGCGCCACUUGGCUCCUCGGUGGUUCUCCCAUGCAGCUUUGGAAAUGCUACCCAGAGCUCUCUGCCAAACCUUUACUGGGUGUCGUGGGUACAAAAUCUUUCCUCUGCCCUCGUCAAUCUCACAUCUGCAGGGAGGGUUCAAUUCAUGGACCCGAGGUUCGGCCGAGUGAAAGCCUUCCCCAUCCAGAGCUUCGAAGGGAACUUUUCCAUCCGCAUCGAUGCAUUGCAGGACACCGACCUGGGAUGCUACUGCUGUGAGCAGGCUGCUGAGUGUUAUCAAGUACAAGUUGAGAAAGUUUCCUCCCCAGAUGCAACGAGCAAACAUAUGAUGCUGCUGGUCUACAUCACAGUGGGCUUGGCCUUCCUCAUCUUGCUCCUGAGCAUCUGCAGCUAUUACUGUGUGAAAUGGUUUCAGAAUAAGAGUUCACCAGAGCAUGUGAGUGACCCAGGUGCCAACAGUGAUCCCCAGAUUUACGAGAACAAUGACCCAGCCAGACGUCAUGAGGCAGCCCCAUACAACCAUGACCUGACUGUAUAUGUUAACGCCAGAAAUGUCCCAACUCAAAGUGGCAAUGGGCACGAUCUAACCAGUGCUCAAUGUAACGUGGCCAAGACAGAGAAUCAGACAACAAGGCCGUGUUUUCACAAAGAUCUCCUCAGAAGAUUACGGCAAACAAGUCUUCGCCAGCAUUAUUAUGCGAAUCAGGCUGACAACUACCCACAGACCUCAACAUCUCAAAAGGGGGAUGAAGCCAGAGUGAGUUUUCCGAAGAGGAAAGUUAAACAAAAAUCAGACUUAAGAUAUGGAAACCCCAUCUACAACAACAGCAGAGACAAUCUCAAUCUCAAUGAUGCGUGCUAAAGAGAGGACAAGAAAAGAAAUUACCGCAUUGAUAUUUUCAAUAAAAUGUCAUCUAUUAAACUAAUAAUUGACUAAUAAAGUUACU